AUGCCUCGCGCGCCUCUCCGCCGCCGAAACAACAACCGCUAUUCACCCUUCCCUCGACAUGGUCAGAAGAUUCCUAACAGUAAUCCUGCCCGGCUAGAGUUGGAGAAGAAGCUUGCGCAUAAACGAAUUGGGGAGAGACCAAACGACAGCGACGACAGUGAUGGGCUCGUUGUCAAGGGAAAUGGUCGACGUGGUGGAAACACACGGCGACAGGAAAUUUAUGCUUCCGGUGGCGUGGGCAAGGGCGAUAAGCCGGGCAAUUUUCCCAGUCGCGCCCAGCGAAGGAAGAAUAUGGUCCGGGCCGGGGACGAUAUUCUUGCAAAGGCUGAACAGGAGGCCCGUUCAAGGGGAUCUUCUGAGUCGAGUAGAACGCGCGCCCAAGAGAGGAAAACUCAUGCGGCUGGAGAUGCCAACAAGGGCACGAAUGCACCGGCACAGGAUUCUGCACCUGCACCUGCGCCGAUGUCAUCUGCUGUCAAACCUUCGGGGCGUAUUGUGCGAUCGGCACAGCCCACGCCUACCAGAGAGAACUCGAUACUGGGUACGCUAAAACCCCGGCGACGGCAACCCAGCAUACUGCAGGAGCUCGAUCACGAUUCAUCGAGCUUCGGCCCAGAAGACGAGGAGCAGUUCCUCCCCGACGCGGAGUCGACUCCAUUGAAUCUUCUCGGACCACGCAGCAUUGCUUCCUCCCCGGCCACGAAUGCGGUGCACACUACCUCUUCGAAAAAGCGUAAGUUGGAUUCUGCUAGGGUGUUUCAGCCGGAGACGGAGGCGGUCAAUACUUCUCCCAGAAAAGAGAGUGAACCCAGCGCGACCUCGCCUCUCAUUAAUGGUACACAUGGACCAUCCUCUUCUCUUCUGCCGGUGUCUACGCGGCGAAUCUCAGGCCGAAAAUCAAGCCACAAAUCACAAGAUAAGGUUGAUGACGACGAUCAAGACAUCAUGGCCUUGCCUAGAAGCAGUUCUUCACUGUCCGCAUCACCUGCGCCGCUGCCUUCGGCGGCACCGACCCGGAAAUCGAGGCAGGCACCGACAACGAAACCGGCCCCCGCCAUGGCGACGGGGGAGUUACAAGCUCUAAUGCCGAAGAAACGGCGGAGGACUGCUCGGGUACCCAAAGGGACGCAGGCCGACUUCGAUAUAGCGGUCGAUUCUGAUGCCCCCGGUCUACCUCAGUCGGACGGAGCGAGUGAAAAUGACGAGUCCACUUUCCUCCCUCCCAAGGCCGGUCGCAAAACCCGGCGCAAGCAGCCAUCAAAGAAAUUUGCAAAGAAUGGCGGUUCGAAGGCUGGAAAUAUGUCGAAGCGGGGCAACUCUGCUGCUGUUGCAGGGUCCGAUUCGCAAUCAAAACAAAGUACGAGAAACCUUACCACUACCAAGGCGCCUGUCCUUACGCCCUCCACAUCUACUUCUAUCCGAAGGAAUCGAUCAACUAAGUCUCCCUCACAGCUUUCCACCGUCAACUUUACAAGUUUGAAUUCAAUGUCCGAAAGGAGAACGCGAGGACGGCCGAAGCCGCUUGGUGGCUCCCUCCGCGAAGGCCAAGAUCCCACGGAUGGCGGAGACAAAGAAAAUAUCGACGUUCAAGAUGGCUCGCCAUGUGAUUCGGACAUUGCGAUUGCCGAAAAGACAUCAGUCGAGCCGACUGUCAUACACACAAACAUGACCCCAGCGGAUGACACCAGGACAGCAGCCAUCAGUAAGGAUAAGUGGGCAGACAUAGAUGCCUGGGACCUUGAUUUUGAGGACGUCGAGGUCAUGACAGGAUCGAGUGGUAGCUCUCCAUUGCGGCUGGGAUAA